AUGGAAGGUUCCUUCCAACUCCUGGCCUCCUUGAUGUGCAUCAUCCUGAUGGGAUCAUUUGUGAGAACUAAAAGAGAUACCACCAGGAACUUGCUCAACACAGAGCUGCACAGUGCGCCGGCGCAGCGCUGGUCUAUGAAGUUGCCGGCCGAGGUGAGUGCGGCGGCGGGCGAGGCGGCAGUGCUGCCUUGCACCUUCACACACCCGCACCGCCACUACGACGGGCCGCUCACGGCCAUCUGGCGGGCGGGCGAGCCAUACACUGGCCCGCAGGUGUUCCGGUGCGCGGCGGCGCGGAGCAGCGAGCUCUGCCAGACGGCGCUUAGCCUGCACGGCCGCUUCCGGCUGCUCGGCAACCCGCGCCGCAACGACCUGUCGCUGCGCGUCGAGCGCCUAGCGCUGGCCGACGACGGCCGCUACUUCUGCCGCGUCGAGUUUGCCGGCGACGUCCACGAGCGCUACGAGAGCCGCCACGGCGUCCGGCUCCGCGUGACCGCCGCCCCACGGAUCGUCAACAUCUCGGUGCUGCCCGGCCCGGCGCACACCUUCCACGCGCUCUGCACGGCUGAAGGGGAGCCGCCGCCCACCCUCGCCUGGUCCGGCCCAGCGCUGGGCAACGGCUCGGCCUCCGUGCCGAGCCCAGGUCAAGAUCACGGCCAUCAGGUGACCGCCGAGCUGCCCGCGCUGGCCCACGACGGCCGCUACACGUGCGCGGCCUCCAACAGCUUGGGCCGCGCCGAAGCCAGUGUCUACUUGUUCCGUUUCCACGGUGCCUCCAGGGCCUCAGCAAUCGCCGUCCCGCUCGGCGCGCUUGGUCUCAAGGUGCUUCUGCUGCUCGGCGUUCUGGCCGCCCGCGCCGCAGCCCGCCGCCGCCUAGAGUACCCAGUCACCCAGGACGCCUCCCCGCGGCCCCAAGCUCAGGAGUCCAAUUAUGAAAAUUUGGGCCAGAUGAGUCCUCAGGGUCCACCAGCAGCCGUGUGUUCACCUUGA